AUGAAUCGGUGGCAGCGUGGAGGCUGCCCUGGCCAGCGGCAUCAGGGUGCCAUCUCUUCCUUCCCGCUGAGGCGGCUGAGUAGGAGGAAGCGGCUGAGCGGGAAGGAAGUGGCAGCAGCAUGGAGCCUGCCUCCGCUGCCCAGGCAAGUGGCAUGGGCUCUGUGCCCCGCCGACACAGAGGAUGCCGAAGCUGGUGAAGACGAGGAAGCAUUGGCGGCUGGGGCGUGA